UUAUCUUGUCAUUUGACCUUUAUAUACGAAUCCUUUGUGUAUAUAGGAGUACCCAAAAAAUUUUGACCAGUCGGGCAAAUGGGUCAGAUCACAUGACCCAAAUAAGUCUUCUUCCCCAAAUCAGUAUCUGGAUCAAACUUUUCAAUCGUCGAUCGCAUUCCUCAUUCCCCAAACGGUUUAUCGAUCAGAGCUCCUCGCACUCUCAUUUGCUUUGUCGUUCGCCUCCUGCUCCGUCAACCUGUAGAUUUUUCUCGAUCGUCUUCAUCCCUACCAGGGCUUGUUGUGUGAAAAUAGUUUCUGCUCAAAACAAGCUGAACAAGCAUCCAUUAUUUGCAAAAAGCAAAACCUCAUUCUAUUUCUAUGAUUUCUGCAGGGAUUGUGGGAAACAAGUUUACCUCGGUGGAUUUGAUACUGCAUAUGCUACUGCUAGGGCAUAUGAUCGGGAGGAUGACUUGAAUCAGAUAAAAAACUUGACCAAGGAAGAGUUUAUGCAUCUACUUCGUCGUCAAAGCACUGGAUUCUCAAGAGGAAGCUCAAAGUAUAGAGGUGUUACCCUACACAAAUGUGGUCGUUGGGAAGCUCGAAUGGGCCAAUUUGUUGGGAAAAAAUAUAUCUAUCUUGGAUUGUUCGAUAGUAAAGGAUCUUCUAAAAUGCAUUGCGAACAAUACAAGGAUAAUAAUGUCGAGAAAAAGUCGAGAUUGAGAAUUUGAAGAAGUUAGUUGAGACGCAAAGCGGACAAUAUGAGGAUAUUCAACAAAAAUAUGAGGAUAUUCUUCAAAAAUAUGAAGAUGCUCAGAAAAAGAAUGUAGAGUUUCAGCAGAAAAAUGUGGAUGUUCAAGCAAAGUUUGAACAACAACUUGCACAAGCAAUAAAUGUCAUUAACACACUGAGUGAACAGGUCAAAACUUUUAUUAAUCAAUGAUAGAAUAUGAUGUAUCGAAUAGUAUUUUACGUUAAAUUUUUACCGACUUUUGAUGUUGAAAUAUGGAUCUUUUGAUGUAUUAGAUAUUUCUUUUAGUUUCUAUAGAAAUAUUUUGUUA